AUGAAUGGUAUGGGAGGAAGCGGAUGGGGGGAAUGGGAUGAGCGGGGGAGAGAUGGGAUGAAUGGGAUGGGAGGAAACGGAUGGGGGGAAUGGGAUGAGCGGGGGAGAGAUGGGAUGAAUGGGAUGAGGGGAAGCGGAUGGGGGGAAUGGGAUGAGCGGGGGGAGACGAAAUGGGAAAAAUGGGAAUGGAAUGAGCGGAAAGGCGAGGAGGUGGGAUGGCGGAAAAGGGAGGAGGUGGGAUGGCGGAAAGGGGAGGAGGUGGGAUGGUGGAAAGGCGACGAGGUGGGAUGGCGGAAAAGGGAGGAGGUGGGAUGGCGGAAAGGGGAGGAGGUGGGAUGGUGGAAAGGCGACGAGGUGGGAUGGCGGAAUGGGGAGGAGGUGGGAUGGCGGAAAGGGGAGGAGGUGGAAUGGGGGAAAGGGGAGGAGGUGGGGUGA